UCGGUAUCCCGCCCCAUACCGCCUCCUGCCCCUCGGUUCCUGCCCCUACCCGCCGGAGCGCUGCCAUCCGCCCCCUCCGCCGCGUCGCCCCUCCCGGCCAGCGCGCCCCCUUUGCACUCCCUCUGCUGCACCGCCCACUCCACGCUGGAGAGCCCCCUCCAUGCCUCCUCUGCAGCGCCGCCCCCAUCCACCGGAGCGCUGCCGUCCGGCCUUCGCGCCCCCUCCGCCGCGCCGCCUCCAUCCGCUGGAGUGCCGCUGUCCGGCCUCCACGCCCCUUCCGCUGCGCCGCCUCUCCUUGGUGCCUCUGCCGAGUUGCGUUCGGGGUCCUCCAGCGUCUGAUCGAGUUGGGUCGCGAAGUCCUCUAGCGCCCGGCCGCAGGUCCUCCAGCGUCCGGGGUCGCGAGGCCCCGCGCGAGCUCUGGGGACCUUCUGCGUGCUGCCGCCGGCACACAACUGCCGACGCAAGCUCCGGGAAGAUCCUGUGCACGCGGCCUCACCGCGACGGCGGGAAAAGAGCCCUACUUGGCGUUCGAGCUCUUCCCAUAAUCCCCGACUUGUUUUGUGCCAAGAGGCCUCCAGAUCCAUUGAGUUCUUUGCUUGAGUCCGAGUGCUUUGUCUCGACCUUUUUGUGUUCUUUUCUGAUUUCCGCCCUCUAGUGUGUAGGAACAAGUCGAUUUGUAUCAGAGUCACCCUCCUCAUGUAGAGUCCACCCGUGUGUACCAUCUAAGUACUCGAGCUUGCUUGCAGUAGAGUGUGGCUCUUGUGUUGGUACUGUUUUGACAUGUGAGCCGGGCAAGAGGUCUACUGAGAAGGUUGCGAGGCCUUGUGGUGAUGGAGGGGCUUCUCCUCCCCCAAAGAGGAAGAGGACUUCCAGUCAUCUCGCCACGGGCAGGGACCAAAAGAAGUCGGGAAGGUAAGUACCCAUUCUGAUUGCGUGGUUAUCAUUCACAACCUCUUGUUUCUAGAUGUUUCGCUUCUUCCAGCACGGGGAUGAUGCUACUAAGGCGGCUAGCGUCCUGAGGCUCCCAAAGGUUGUUCCAAUUUCGGCCGUAAAGCGAUGUUCACUGUAGAUCUUCCGCUGCGAUAGGGAUAACCGUCAUAGUAGUUGCUGAAGGAGUGCGGACCACUGACCCCUCAUCUUGUUUUGAUCUUCCUGAGGCCACCUUUGUCCAGGAUGAGGAAGACCAGGCACAUCAGCAUGGAUCAGUGACUAGUAGCAUUAAGCCGGACCUAGCCGACGAUCCCAUGCUGUCGGAGGCGGGGUUGGUGAAGAUGAAAGAUCGCUUCUGCCGCAUGUAUUAAUUGACCAAUAACUUGUGGCAAAGUCCAAAGAAAAGUUUAAGCAGCUUAAGUCUGUGAUGGCUAUUUCCGCGGAUGAGCAUGCCAGGGUGGUCCGGGAGCUGAAGGAUCGACAUGAGGAAGAGCUAAAGAAAAUCCAGGAGCAACAUGUUCGAGAGCUCCAAAAGCUCCGGGGCACCAAAAAUAAGUUCAUUAGUUGCAGAAAGGAAAGAGCUAGUGCAGCAUGCAUGCAUUAGUUUUGAGCCAAGACUGCAUGGGAACAUAUAGAAGUACAAGGAAAUAUUCAAGGGACACUGAAGGUAAGAAAGAAAGGUAACGGAAAAACCGUGCUACCAUAGAAACCACCAUUCCAAGGUGCAACCAGCAAAGCGAUACAAUGGCCGGCUCUCAGGGCCCCCGGUGGGGACGCUUACGCGAGAACUGGUGAUGCGCACACCUGUUGCCCCUCUUGCGGCUGCCCGGGCUGCUCUCUAGAGCGCAAGCACGUGCUAUGGACGACAAGGAGAAAGAGAAAGAGGAGAAGCACGACAAGAACAACAUUGAGGAGGAAGAAGAGGAUGAAGAUGGUAACAAGCGCAUUGUCGUGCUUGGACCCCAGGUUCCCCUAAAGGAGCAGCUCGAGCUCGACAAGGAUGAUGAGAGCCUGAGGAGGUGGAAGGAGCAACUCCUUGGGCAAGUUAACACAGAACAGCUUGGAGAAACUGCGGAGCCAGAGGUGAAGGUUCUGAACCUGACCAUCUUGUCACCGGGCCGGCCGGAUCUGGUCCUGCCAAUCCCAUUUCAGGCUGAUGACAAGAGCUACGCGUUUGCCCUCAAGGAUGGCAGCCCCUACAGCUUUCGAUUCUCCUUCAUCGUGUCUAACAACAUUGUGUCGGGCCUCAAGUACACGAACACUGUCUGGAAGACUGGAGUAAGAGUGGAGAACCAGAAGAUGAUGUUGGGGACAUUCAGUCCCCAGCUAGAGCCCUACGUCUAUGAGGGUGAAGAAGAGACCACCCCUGCUGGAAUGUUUGCAAGAGGUUCCUAUUCUGCUAAACUAAAGUUUGUUGAUGAUGAUGGCAAGUGCUACUUGGAGAUGAGUUACUACUUUGAGAUUAGGAAGGAGUGGCCGGGAACCCAAUGAUGUGGAUGUAGCAAGAAGCCGUCUUGUUGAAAUAUGUUAGAGCUAAUAGCUAAGCCAAGCAGAAGAUGUGCUAUCGCUUCUAGAAUAUGAUUCACUCACAGCCGGCUAAUUUGUUUGGAGUUCGUCAAUUGACCAUGAUGUUUGUCACAUAAUAUUAUUUGUUCACAUCCUAUAAUCAAUACUGUGUGGAUAUAUAUAUUCAGAUAUAUUUACGUACUGAUCGAUGAGCUUCGUUCUUAACCUCAAA